AUAAAGCAUCAGACAAUUUUUUACUAAUAAAAGUAAAUUUAUACUACUAAAAAUGUUAAUAUUAGCGCUAUGUUUUCUUACAUAUCUAAGUGAUACGUUUUCAAUGAACCUGAAUGAAAUAAAUAUUCCACCGGAACAUAUUCCUUACAUUUUUAGUUCGUUCCGCAACUUAGCCGAAUCAUGUGUGGCUAACGCGGCAUGCCCUUUUAAAGGUUUAGUGGAUAAAAAAGUUUGUUGGGGUUAUGAAGGCAACUGUAAUAAAAGUAAUUCAUACCAUGUUAGACCUCGAUGUCCAGGUGAUCAUAGAGGCUGGGUAAAAACAAAGGAAGCACAAUAUGACACCUUUUAUACUCAAGCUGAUUUUGGUUACAUAAAAGAACAAACUCAAGAGUUGAUGGUUAUGUGCGAAGCAUCAUACCCUAGUGAUAGUUCUUUAGAAUGUUCUAAGUAUUUGAGAUUUUGUAGGGGUCGGAACUUAAUGCUUAAUUUUACUGGUCUUAUAGGCAGAGGUGACAAUCUUAGAUAUAAAAUGGAUAUUCUUGGUCCCGGCCAAAUAGGUGGCCACUGCCAUUUAUUUUCCGACAGAUUAAAGAAAGAGUCAGAACACAUGAGUGCUUUGCAGUCUUGGGCACCUGAGAUGAUUAAUUUUGACAAAACUUUAGAGAGACCUAUUACAGAUGGAAUGUGUGAUGUUACCAUCAAUAAGCCAACAUAUAUUAUGAAAUUAGAUGCCACUGUAAAUAUGUACCAUCACUUCUGUGAUUUCUUCAAUUUAUAUGCUUCACUUCAUGUGAACUCUACACAUCCAUCCACAUUCAGUAGAGACAAUCAUAUACUUAUUUGGGAGACUUUUACAUAUGAAUCUGCAUUUAAAGAUGCAUUCAAAGCAUUUACUCAUAAUACCAUUUUAGAUUUAAAAAAAUUCAGAGGUAAAGUGGUAUGUUUCAAGAAUGUAGUGUUUCCACUUCUUCCUCGCAUGAUAUUUGGGCUGUACUAUAAUACACCUCUGAUAUAUGGGUGUGAAAGGAGUGGUCUCUUUCAUGCAUUUUCCAAACAUAUGCUCCAUUCCUUAAAUGUAAAGCUACAGCUUAGGAGCAAUGAUAAAGUAAGAAUCACUUUACUUUCGAGGGAGACAGCAUAUCGCACAAUAUUAAAUGAACAGGCUAUUGUUGAAGCUAUGCUAAAAAAUAAAGGCUAUCAUGUACAGAGAGUUGUGUAUGAUAGAACAGUGCCAUUCAUAGAUCAGUUGAAAAUAACUCACAAUACAGAUGUUUUCAUUGGCAUGCAUGGAGCGGGCUUGACACAUUUAUUGUUCUUACCUGACUGGGCAGCCGUGUUUGAAGUAUAUCAUUGUGAAGACCCCAAUUGCUAUUCCGAUCUAGCUCGACUCCGAGGACUUAAAUAUGUUACAUGGGAAGAUAAAAGCAAAUUAAAACAACAAGACCAGGGUCACGGACCUGGUGGCGUAUCACAUUCGAAAUUUACAAAUUAUUCUUUUGAAGUGGAAGAAUUUUUGCGCUUGGUGGAAAUAUGUGCUGCCCACGUGCGAAAUCGGCAAGAUUUUAAAAAUUUUAUUGCAGCAUCAACUAUGAAAAAAUCUCACGAAGAACUCUGAUAAUAAGUUGAUGUUUUUUUGUUUAAGAACAAAUUUCCUCGAAUAUUAUGUGAUAUUAUCAUAUUUAAAAAUUUUAAGAUAGUUUUCAUAAGAUUAUACAAAAUACAAGGCUACUAAUUUAAAGGGGGUACUAUGCUGAUGGGGACGCAGUAUUCAGUAUUCUUCAUUUGGUUUGCAGCCGCUAGUUUCAGUUUUUUACUGAAGAAGCACACUGCAGGCUCUACUUUGUAGGUAGAGCUUUUCGUGUCAGA